AUGUACCUAACGAAGCUCCAUACAAAUCAAAGACUCACAAGCUUCAAAUCCACCGAACAAGCGUCGUCACGGUCGCAAAUGGUAGACAGAUAACCGCCCUCGCCCAACAUGUCCUACUAUUUUGCCAUCGUUGGCACGCAGGACAACCCACUCUUCGAGCAUGAAUUCGGAACGUCUAAACAGGGCGGCGACGGACAAUCGCGGUUCAGCGAGCAAGCCCGACAUAUGAACCAGUUCAUUGCGCAUAGCAGUCUCGAUAUCGUGGAAGAAGUCCAGUGGGGGAGCGGUCAGAUGUACCUAAAGUGCGUCGACAAGUUCUUCAACAACUACGUAUCCUGCUUCAUAACAGGCGGCAACGUCAAAUUCUUACUCCUACACCAGCCAACGAUGCCCGUCUCGACGACAUCCACCCGAUCCUCUACUUCCAUCGGCGCCAACCCUACGAGUCCGCAGACCGAAGAAGCUAUCAAGAACUUUAUGCUCGAAGUCUAUGAGAAUUGGGUUAAGACUAUUAUGAGCCCUUUCUACAGAGUCAAUAUGGAAGUGCGAAGUCCGGUGUUUAGGCAAAGAGUAGCUGCGGUGGGGAGGAAAUACCUAUAGCGUAAGAUUUAGCAAGGUUUUAACAGGCCUACAGUGGCGUUUGGAGUUAAGUCAGGCGGCAAGCCAAAAACUUAGGUGCCUUUACAAUGCAUGCCAGGCACUUAUUUCAGAAAGGCAUAAUGUUUACGCAUAAAUUAAGUCACGAUAGAAUCAAAUAGAACCGAAA